AACGAGCAACAAUUACAAUUUCAGCAUCUGCGAUCUUUUCGAAUUGUUAUGUAUUUUGAAUUAAUUAAUUGACCUUCCUAUGGUAUAAAAUAACAUGCAAUUCUUUGACAGUGUGUAACAGUUUUAUUAAUCUAUAUUUUUGUGUUCCAGAACUCCAAAGCGAAAGAGGUGUAUUCUACGAAUUCGAUUAAAUUCCGGCUUUCUGAUCAAGAUUUGAUUGAACUACGUUAACCCCUUGAUUAUCAGGAAGCACUUUACUGCCACACCGAUUCGCUGCCAAGCGCCACUUUGCUGCCAUGUCGGUUUGCUGCCAGCCAUCCUGUGGGGCAUUGGUAGACAGAUAUGUCGAAUGUGAGAGGAGCAUCAUAUUUAUGGACAUGAUACUACAAGAUAUUACAGUUUAUAGACAUAUCCUCUACAAUGCAGACAAUUUUGCUUCUCAGUUCUACAUAAAGCUGGCAGUGUCCCUAAUGCUGAGUGAAGGAUAUGUUCGGUGGAGUAACCUCGCCCAGAAUCUUGCUGCUGGAAAGGGAAUUAUGAACAAUGAGGUUUAUAUGUAUAUCAUGUGCUUCAUGGCAUUUGUGGAACUUGGGAUGUUUGGCAUGGUAAUUUUGGGAUACUCCUAUGUUAAGCAUUCUCACAAAAAGAAGCUACCAGUCUUCAAUGCUGUUCUCCUUGGUCAGUGUGGACGACUAGCAAACUUAGCAGCCAUUAUCUGGUACCCAGGGUUCAGCACAACAUUUCAAGUGUUAAUGCUUGUUUUUGUGUUUGUAUCAUCUGUGCAAAGCACUAGAGCUGCAUUACAUUUAGGGAAAAUAGAAAGUUUGCUCCUACUGACUGUGGCAUUUUCUAGCAGUAUGUUUUCAUGUCAUAAAUUACAGCCAAUUUUGCUUGACAGCUACCAUUCUUAUGUCCAUAGCCAUGUGUACACUAAACAACCUUUUGUACUAUGAAAGCUUGAUUAAUAAACAAUGUUAUACAAUUCUUGAAUUGAGAAAAGGUAACAUGCAA